AAAUGGGCGGAGCGAGCCACAUCCGGGCAUUUGGACCGUGCUUGGCUUGAUGUGAACUUUGAAUUGGAACAGUACUUGGGCUGAGACUGAUGACGUUUAAAAAGUCCACGAGUUCACAAGUACAGAGAAGUACGCAUAUUUGAGAAAGGCCCACUGUGAUUUAGUCAAAGCAUUUUGUGUAAACCUAAGGAGGCAACAGAGGAGCGCUCAAAAACCACAGAGAGAAAAUACGUGUCAAGCGGGAAAAGAGCUGCGGACUAGUUUAUUUUUCAAGAAACUCAAACUAAGACCAACAGAUUAGAUAAAGGACGCCCACAUGCUUCAGCAUCAUUUCCAGUUGCCCCUGAAGAGGAAUUUGGCACACCAUUGUGAUAAAAGGGAUGAAUGAGGGCCGUUCUGCUCUCCUCAGAAGGUGCCACCUUGCUUUGUCCAAGGCCGACACCCUUGUUUCUGUUCCUGCCAGAGCCUCUGUGGACUCAGGUGAGGGCGGGGCCGCUCAACCUGAGAGCGAUGCAGCCCUGUCUGAGCUCUCUCACCUGUUUGAGACCGAGGAUGGCUCCCCGUCAACUCAAGACACGAGUCACGAUUCAGCCCCGGAGGUGGUUCAGCCCGGCCAGCCGGCGGAGAGCAGACAGAACCUGCGGAUGAAGUUCCAGGGUGCUUUCAAGAAGGGCAUUUCAACCCCUAUGGACCUAUUGGAAUCCACCAUAUAUGAGUCAAAUGUGGUUCCAGGUCCCAAGAAAGCACCCAUGGACUCGCUCUUUGACUAUGGUACCUGCAGGAACACCAGCAACCAGAAGCGACGCAGGAAGAAGCUCCCCAGAGGUAAAACUGAGACAUCCUGUGAUGAUGGUCAAAGCUCAGACCCACCGAAAGUAAUGAAAAUAUUCAACCGCUCUCUCCUCUUCGACGGCGUGUCACAUGCAGACCCUGGGGCCCUCGAGGGCCUGUUGGAGUACCUGCAAAGUCACGAAAAGAGGUUAACUGAUGAGGAGUUCAGAGAGCUGUCCACGGGUAAGACAUGUCUGCCUAAAGCCCUGCUGAACCUUUACGGUGGGCAGAACGCCACCAUCCCACUGCUGGUGGACAUAGCGGAGAAGACCGGGAACCUCAGAGAGUUCUUAAAUACGCCCUUCAGGGAUGUCUACUACAGAGGCCAGACGGCGCUCCACAUUGCUAUAGAGCGACGCUGUAAGCAGUAUGUGGAGCUUAUGGUGGAGCACGGAGCGGAUGUUCACGCCCAGGCGAGGGGACGCUUCUUCCAGCCCAGGGACGAGGGGGGCUACUUCUACUUUGGUGAGCUGCCUCUCUCACUGGCUGCAUGCACCAACCAGCCUGACAUAGUGCACUACCUGACUGAGAAUCCACACAAGAAGGCCGACCUGCGGCGCCAGGAUUCACGUGGCAACACGGUGUUGCAUGCUCUGGUGCAUAUUGCGGACAACACCAAGGACAACACGCGUUUCCUCACAAAGAUGUACGACGUGUUGCUAAUCAAGAGUGCCAAGCUCUACCCAGACUGCAACCUGGAGACGGUGUUCAACAGCGAUGGCAUGUCCCCCCUCAUGAUGGCUGCCAAACUGGGCAAGAUCGGGGUUUUUCAGCACAUUAUCCGACGUGAGAUCAAAGAUGAGGAAGUUCGUCAACUGUCACGCAAGUUUAAGGACUGGGCUUAUGGGCCAGUGUACUCCUCCCUCUACGAUCUGUCUUCACUGGAUACAUGUGGAGAGGAACCGUCUGUGCUGGAAAUCCUGGUCUACACCAGCCGCAAUGAGAACCGACAUGAGAUGCUGGCAGUGGAGCCCAUCAAUGAGCUGUUGAGGGCCAAAUGGCAGAAGUUUGCUGCAGUCACCUUUUAUAUCAGCGUGGUUUCCUACCUCAUCACCAUGAUCAUCUUCACCCUAGUGGCUCAUUACCACCCAACGCAGGGAACGCCUCCGUACCCUUACACAACGUCCUCUGACUACCUUCGCAUGGCAGGAGAGAUUGUCACCUUAGCAUCAGGAAUCUUCUUCUUCCUCACCAAUAUUAAGGACCUCUUCAUGAAGAAGUGCCCCGGGGUGAAGUCUUUAUUUAUGGAUGGAUCCUUUCAACUGCUUUACUUCAUCUACUCUGUACUGAUUGUAGUCACAGCUGCUCUCUACCUGUCUGGCAUCAAGGCCUAUGUGUCUGUGAUGGUGUUUGCACUUGUCCUGGGCUGGAUGAACACUCUUUACUUCACCAGAGGCCUGAAGCUCACUGGCACCUACAGUAUCAUGAUACAGAAGAUUCUUUUUAAAGACCUUUUCAGAUUUCUUCUGGUGUACGUGCUCUUCAUGAUUGGAUAUGCAUCAGCCCUGGUGUCCCUGCUGACAAUGUGUCCUCCACCGGGCACAGAGUGUGAGGGGGGCUGUCCCACCUACCCCAACUGCAGGGACCCAGAUACCUUCGGUGCUUUCCUACUGGACCUCUUUAAGCUGACCAUUGGGAUGGGAGAACUGGACAUGAUUCACGGUGCACAGUAUCCUGCAGUUUUCCUCAUCCUGUUGGUUACCUACAUCAUCCUCACUUUUGUCCUGCUGCUAAACAUGUUGAUCGCGUUGAUGGGGGAGACGGUGGGACAGGUGUCGAAAGAGAGCAAGAAGAUCUGGAAGCUUCAGUGGGCAACGACCAUCUUGGACAUCGAGCGCUCUUUCCCAGUCUGCCUUCGCAGGUCUUUUCGAGCCGGGGAGAUGGUGACUGUGGGGAAGAACUGGGAUGGCACACCUGACCGACGCUGGUGCUUCAGGGUGGAUGAGGUGAACUGGUGCCACUGGAAUCAGAACCUGGCAAUAAUCAACGAGGAUCCAGGCAAGAAUGAGACCUGCCAAGCCAACGGGUUGCAGCAGAGUGUCAGAACCUUGCGGAGAGACCGCUGGUCCACAGUGGUUCUGCGGGCGGUGGAGUUGAGUAAGGGUCCGCGUCCUUGUGAUCUGGCGAUAGAGAUGGAGCCGCUGACGCCCAGGCACUGACGCCUGCAGAAGCCUAGUGCAGUCCUUGUUAUAAAGAGACAGCUGAGAGCCAUCAGCACCAGUGAGAUCACUUUGCAGGGGAGGAUUUGGCCAAUAACUACUAAUUUGCACAGAUUUUAUUUGCAUUUUGUUCAGAAAAAGUAUAGUAAAUAUUACAGUAAGUCAGUGUAAUAGGACAGAGGACUGAGCACACGGAAACACUGGAUGGACAAUGUCUUAAAGAAUCAGUGACCUGAAAAACACCAAAUAAAGUUAAAAACAUCAAAAUGAGAUUUUAAAAAAAGUAUGGACACCGUUAGCUGUAAUGUGUUUUAAACUUGUCACAGAAGAAUAGAGAACUUAUAAUAAACAUGUACUGUACAUCUGCAUUGCAGACAUCAGUGGCUGAUCACUCAGGGAUUCAAGAAAGUCAAAAUAUGUCAGCAUUUCCAGUCUCAUUGUAAUCUUAUGGAAAACAGAAUCAUGGGGUUUUUUUCAUAGCUAGCAGAAGCAUACUUACUGUAUUAUUGCACGAGCAGUCUAAACAAACGCUGCGAUAGAAAUGCCAUCUACAGACAUAAUCACAAUCGGAGGCACUGCUUCAAGAAGUCAUUGCAAUAAAUAUUGGUAGGCUUAUAGAAAAGAAUGUUUGCUUUUAUUUGCUUGCUUUACAUUUUAGAGGUCCCUAUAUGAGAUUCUAUUGUAAUUUUAAUUGUUUAUUAUUCAGUUUAUGGGGUUUCAGUGUAUCGAAACAGGAUAUAUGUAUUUUAUAAAGUUUAUUUUGCUCAAUUUUCUAAACCGUAUUAAUCAAAUAGUUUCAAAGUCUCAGCUAGUUGUCGCACUAGCUCAGGCAGCGCAGCUUUCAUUUGAUUGGAAACAAUGCAGUAUGCCAAUUUCUGAUGUGUGCAUUAUUGUAUGAACACAAUGACAUUGUUCUGAACAAGAUGGCCAUGAUGAGCAGGUUAUAGUUGUCAAGCAAAUAUGCAAAUGCGAGACAAUAGCCUCCUGUGUUAUGGUUUGUCUUUGAAUUUUUAGAGUUAUUGUUCCUUUGCAGCUGGGGUAUUUGCAUAAUCAACUCUCAGGCCUUGCCAUUAUGUACUUCCCCCUAUAUGUGCUGCAGUGUUUUUUAUUGCAAUUGGCUCCUUGCCCUAUAGAGCAUCUUGUUUAUGCGCAACUACUGUAUGUAUACAUGUAUUUGUGUUCUUGUAAUACAUGACAUGAUUAAGAGCGAAUACAGCAUACAAUUCAUUUUCACUAAUUCAUUGCCGUUGAGGGGCACGGGUCAUUGUUUUCUGUGUGUACAUUACUUUAAUGAAGAGACACGAUGCGUUUUUAUAUUUGUACAUUACUGCGAAGAACAAUAAACACCAAAUACAUUUUCU